UGAUCCGUUGAGGGCCCCUCCCUCUGCAGUUGCUCUUUUUCUAUUUUGUAGCGUAAAUUAUGGGAGAGAGACUUUCAUCCUUAAAAAGUCAACUUGAUGGGAAGGAAUCAAAGUAUUGUAGCGUAACUUUGGGACAAAACCAGUAGAAAUGAACCUUGUUUAAGCAUAACCUUGGAUCUAUAUGGAAGUUGACCUGAGAACCAUGGUUUUCAACGUUCUUCUACUCAUGUUGUGGUCAUUGCAGACUUGCUUCGCCAUGAUCAGUGACGCAGGUAGCAUUGAAUUCGACGGAGGAUCGGAAGAAAGUGAUCAUGAGACAUUGUUUGAUCCAUCAUUUUGGUACAGUUUUAGCAUUGGCUAUGUCUGUUCAGCCAGUGGGAUCAUCUUUGCUUAUAUGUGGUUCUGUGUCCCUUGGGCGCAACUGAAGAAGACCAAGAGAAAGUUCAUGUCUUCCAACGUUGGUAGGCAUGAUAUACGUGCAAUAAAGGCAAACCAAGUUCCCCAACUACUACUCUAUCUGUUGUUGCUCAAGAAAGGAAACCAAGAGGUUUCUAGAGUACUGGACAAACUAAGAUCGAGUAUCAGCUUCAUGGAACUGUGUAGAGCAACUGAUUACUUCAACAUGACCAAUGUUAUUGGGACAGGAAAGACAGGGACGGUGUACAAGGCCAAGCUUUCUAAUGGCUCAAAAGUGGCAGUGAAGAGACUCUAUGAUUCCAAGUUAUUUGAAACAAAGUUUGCCUUAGAAAUCGGGAUUCUACACAGAUUCAAACAUGGAAACUUAGUGGGUCUUCUUGGGUUUUGCACAGAGAGAAAGCAGAGGAUCCUUGUUUAUGAAUUCAUGCCAAAUGGUAAACUCUCUGAUUGGUUACAUCCUUUGCAAAAUGAAGCUUUUCCAUUGGAUUGGCCAAUAAGGCUUAAAAUAGCACUUGGGUUGGCUAGAGGUUUAUCCUUUCUCCAUGAUUGUUGCAAUUGGAAGAUACUCCAUUUUGGUAUAAACUCGGAGCAUGUUUUGCUUGAUAAGAAUUUUGAGCCCAAAUUACGGAAUUUCAGAAGUGCUGAACUCAUGAAAGAAAGCCAGAAGAAGCUAGGGAAGAAGGAUGUGUACGAUUUUGGCGUUGUACUGAUGGAGCUUAUCACUGGAAAGAAGCACGUUGAAAUGAGUAUAGAUUUUAAAGUCAUUGAUUCAUCUUUAUUGGGAAAAGGAUUCGAUGAGCAAAUCUCUUGUCUGGUUAAGGUUGCAGUUGAUUGCAUUCAGUUGUCUCCACACCAGAGGCCAAGUAUGCUUGACGUGUAUAAAUAUAUAGAAAGGUUAUGGGAAGGAUACGAAACUGAUGACUGAUUUUGUAAUGUUGUAUAUCUAUUUUUCAUAUGUCAGCUGUAUAAUUUUCUUGGGAGGGCAAAGGACGAGAUAGUUGGAAAAAUUCUAAUGUAAAUUUAAAUCUUAUAUUGAAUAGUAAUACAAGAAAGUUAAACAA